ACCGAAUACUUAUACCUAUAAUUGUCGCUUACAUCACUUAACAAGUUUUGACAGUUGUUUAUUUAAGUUGCUUAUUCAAUUAUGCACUUCAGAAUGUUUGCAUACACAAACAAAACAAUAAACUACUGUCGCGUUUGACAUAAAUCGGAAUUAAAAUAUAGUUUGCAAAUAUCUCGCAGCGUAACAUAUAUUGAAGCAAAAUGUCUGGUUUUAUAGCAGUGCACACAGGAGCGGGCAACAGUGUCGAUGAGAGUAAAUAUCAGCGAGUAAUAAAAGAGGCCUGCUUAAGAGCUACAGAUUUGCUGUUGAAAGGAGGUACAGCUAUGGACGCUUGUGAAGCUGCCAUAAAACGGUUGGAAAAUUGUGGUAACACAAAUGCGGGUUUUGGUUCAAAUCUUUGUUAUGAUGGGCGUGUGCAGUGCGAUGCUUCAAUAAUGAAUGGUGCCAAUUUACAAUUUGGAGCAUGUACAGACGUUAGUAAUGUAAAAAAUCCAAUACAAUUGGCACGUGUUAUCUGUGAUGGACAAUCUAGACUAUUAUCUAUGGAUCGCCUUCCACCCAUGAUAAUGGCUGGUACAGGAGCUGAGCAAUUUGCAGAAGAAAUGGGUUGUGACAUAAUUGAUCCCAAAGAUUUGAUAUCAAGUAAAGCAAAAUUUGCUUAUAAUCAUUACAAAACGAAAUAUCAAAAACUGGCUAGUGAACAUACUAUACCUGUCACCGCAGACGUGCCUCCAAUAACUAUAGAAGCACGCUUAGAUACAGUAGGAGCUGUAUGUGUUGAUGGUAAUGGAAACACAGCUGCUGGUUGUAGUUCUGGUGGUCUGCUUUUAAAAGUGCCUGGACGUGUUGGUCAAGCUGCUACAUUUGGUGCUGGUGUUUGGGCUGCUGACACUUCUGAUAUAUCCGUUGCUACAUGCACUACUGGAAAUGGUGAAUAUAUCAUGCGAACAUUUCUAGCGAAAGAAAUAUGCACGGAUCUAUUGACAGCCGAUUGUGCUGUUCGAAGUUUACAUAAUACAUUUAAGCAUAAAUUCUUAGAAUCACCAUUUCUGCCAGUUAAUCAAAAUUUGUAUGCAGGCGCAUUAACAUUAGUGUAUCAUCCAGAAGAUCGAACUGGCGAAAUUCUUUGGAGUCAAACAACAAAAUCUUUUUGCAUAGGCUAUAUGUCUACAGAACAGAAAACACCAAAGUUUGUCUACUCACCACUGCCGAACUACUGUGAACCAGGCAGACAGACUGUAGUAAAUGGACAAAAUUUUCAUUUACGUUUAUAGAAAUUCCUUUAUAUCAUAUAUCUAUAUCUACAUGACACAUUAAUAAUUACAAGACGGAAAACCAAACGACAAAAAGCCAUAACUUACCUAAGUGCAUUUGGGAAUAAAAAUACCGACGUAAUUUUUGUACGUAAAAUUUGUUGUCUUUGAAAAAAUAUAAUAAUUAACGAAAAUAUAAAAUAAUUUAAUGACUUAAAUGUUUUUGAAAAUACGGACGCACGCGUUUAGGGAAACUAAAGUCUAAAAAUAAAAUUAAUUCUAAGUAAUAUCAAUGAAACAACAUUAACCCUUUAGAUACACAAUAAGUUGAAACGCAUUUUUAAACAAAUAAUAAU